AAGAAGCACAUUUUCGUGACCGCAUCCCGGAACAUUACAAUUUAAGCUGAUAACCCGAAACAUUUAGAGAACAAAUUAGAACACGUUACGUGAACAGUGAAAGUGUAAAAGUUCUGCCGUAAUGUCGUGGUUAUUCGGGUAUAAAAGCCAAGCUCCCCCACAAGGAGGCGGAGAUGGAGGUCCUGAACCACCGGGACCGCCACCCUCAUCGACCGGUAGCGCCGGUCAGAUGGCAGGUGAUGCGAAUUUGACCAAAGCGGAGCGGAAAGCCAUGGAGGCCUAUCGGUUCGAUUCGUCAGCGCUGGAAAGGGCAGCCGAAGCGGCUCGUACUCUGGAACGAUCGAAACAUGCCCGCGAAGCGCUGGACUUGUCUAAAAUGCAAGAAAAUACUCGCCAGCAAGAGUAUUUGGCCAAGGUGAAGGAAUAUGAAGCUCACAUAGAAUCGUCCAAGGUGGAACAAAAGCGUGUGGAUCACGAAGAGCGCCGUAAAACCUUGGCCGAGGAGACAAAGCAGCAACAGCAGCGUGCUCAGUAUCAGGAUCAGCUGGCUAGGAAACGGUACGAAGAGCAGCUGGCCCAACAGCAGCGCGUACAGGAAGAAAACCUUCGCAAACAGGAGGAAAGCGUUGCGAAACAGGAAGCAAUGCGUCGCAAGACGAUCGAACAUGAAAUGGAACUGCGUGAGAAGAAUAAGAUGAAGCUGUUGGAGGCAGAACUGCGAGCGAAGGCUAAAGUGGAUCGCGAAAACCGUGAUCUCACGCUAGAGCAGAUUCGUUUGAAGGCGGAAGAGAAUCGAAUCACCGUGAUGGAAGGCAUAAAGACGGCAGGAUCCGUAUUGGGGCAGGGUGCUACCGCUCUGCUAACCGAUUGGAAUAAGGUUGUAACCACGGUUGGUGGUUUAUCGCUGCUGGCGCUCGGUGUUUACACGGCAAAGGGUGCAACGGGAGUGACGGCACGAUAUGUUGAAGCACGAAUAGGAAAACCAUCGUUGGUUAACGAAACAUCGCGCUUUUCAUUGCUGGAAGCGCUUAAACAUCCCAUCGAUACGAUAAAGCGGUUGAAGCACAAACCGACCGACGCCCUGCAGGGUGUUGUGUUGCAGCCCAAGCUUGAGGAGCGUCUACGCGACAUCGCGAUUGCUACAAAGAAUACCAAGAACAAUAAGGGUCUGUAUCGGAACAUCCUCAUGCACGGACCUCCCGGAACUGGUAAGACCAUGUUCGCCAAGCGACUUGCAACACACUCCGGUAUGGACUACGCCAUCAUGACCGGCGGUGACGUUGGACCAAUGGGUCGUGAAGCUGUGACGGCCAUCCACAAGGUGUUCGAUUGGGCCAACACUAGCAGACGCGGAUUGCUGCUGUUCAUCGACGAAGCCGAUGCCUUCCUGCGCAAACGCUCAUCCGAACAAAUAUCGGAAGACAUGCGAUCGGCAUUGAAUGCGUUCCUGUACCGUACUGGCGAGCAGAAUCCAAGGUUUAUGUUAGUGCUAGCUUCGAACACUCCCGAACAGUUCGAUUACGCUAUAAACGAUCGAUUGGACGAGAUGGUGGAGUUCACGCUGCCCGGGCUAGACGAACGAGAACGAUUGAUACGCUUAUACUUUGACAAAUUUGUACUACAACCUGCUGCCGAAGGAAAGAAGCGCUUCAAAGUAGAACAGUGGGACUAUAGCGCAGUUUGCAGUAAAAUGGCCAAGUUGUGCGAGGGUAUGUCCGGUCGUGAAAUCUCGAAGCUCGGUGUAUCCUGGCAAGCGGCAUGUUACGCCUCGGAAGAGGGUGUCCUCACGGAACAGAUGGUGCUGGAUCGGUGUGAAGCCGCCGCUCGGCAGCAUCGUCAGAAGAUGGCUUGGCUUUCGGAACAGGAAAAACUCGACCACAAAUCCAUCACCGGUGGUAAGGGGUUUCUGACACAGUAAAGGUUGCCUGCACUUACCGGAGUAAGUAGAAAGAUAUAUGAUAAUCGGUGAUGGGUGGUUUAGAUGGAUCGUUCGAUUAUAUUCGAUGUUCGAGUAACGAUGCCCUAUUAUGCUGCUCAUUAGAUGCUUUCAAUGGAAAUGAGCGGGGUUCGUGAAACCGGAACAGUCGGAACACAAUCGUUGUGGAAACAAUGCAUAGCAGUGUUGUAAUAGGCCAUUUCACCCCUUCAUGCCAUCCAUCCCGUAGGGGUGUAUCGUUCGACUGUAGGAGAUUUAUAUUAAACUUCCUAUGAGCGACCCCCCACAAUAAUCCACACCGUUCGACGGAAUGCAUUUUGAAAAGAACAGCUUUUAACGAAAGUGCAUGUGGUUAGCAUCCUUCUGGUCAAGUAGCUAACCCAUCUUGUUGUACGACUCCGAAUGUGUUCAAGUUCGAUAGUGAUAAGUCAAAUGUUUCCUUCUCCCUUCUAUGCGGUACAUACCGGUAAUGUUACAAAAUGCCGUAAAAAUGCGAAUGUUGCCUGUUACGGAGUUUUAGUUAUGUUUAUCUCUCUUUUUUGUUUGUUUGCAACAUCGGACAUUGGAAGGCAUGAAAUACAAAACAGUGUA